GCAUGGAGAGUGUGGAACCAAGAGAUGGCACUUGAACUGAUCGAUACAUUAGUCGAGGACUCAUGCAGUUUACCUGAAAUAUUCAGAUGCAUCCAGGUGGGUCUCUUGUGUGUGCAACAACUCCCAGAUGACCGGCCGAACAUGUUAUCAGUGGUUAUGAUGCUGAGUGGUGAGAGUGCACUGCCUCAACCAAAACAGCCUGGUUUCUUGAUAGAAGUACAUAAUGAAGGUCAUCCCUCAUCAAGCAAGAAUGAAUCUUGUUCAGCCAAUGAGAUGACUGUUACAUUGUUGGAGGCUCGUUAG